UCGGUGCAUUAAUGAUCGUCUUCUUCCUUUUCGGGCCGAGUGAGUGAGUCAACACGAGAUAGAGAGAUCAGAGGAAGCAAAUUGAGAAUGGAGAAUCGUAAGGAAAAGAAGGCGCACCCCAAAAGAGGUUUAUGGAAACCAGAAGAAGACAUGAUCUUGAAAAACUAUGUAGAGACUUAUGGAGAAGGCAACUGGGCAACUGUGUCUAAGAGAUCAGGGUUGAUGAGGGGAGGGAAAAGUUGUAGACUUCGAUGGAAGAAUUACUUGAGACCAAACAUCAAACGAGGAGGAAUGUCCAAGGAGGAAGAAGACCUUAUUAUCCGAAUGCACAAGCUUCUCGGUAACCGAUGGUCCUUAAUUGCCGGUAGACUUCCCGGUCGGACCGACAACGAGGUGAAGAACUAUUGGAAUACACAUUUGAACAAGAAAACCCUUUUAGGCGAAAAAAGAAAAACCAUCGACUCGAUCACACGACACGAUGACAAUAUCGAGGAUCACGACAGCAAGAAACCGAGGCAAAUAUCGCAUGAUUUGGACGAAAACAAAGAAGCGAACGGAGACGAUAACGUCGGCGUUCGAGACGUCACCGCCGGUGCGUGGAUGGAACGUGUGGUCCGGUGUCUCGACUACGAGACGACGGGAACACCGCUGAUGAUGCACCACAACUACUCAAACCUUGUGUUUGAUGAAGAGCCUUUCGCAUCCUACAUGGACCCCUUUGUUCUGUUUGAAGCAUUUGGGGCGAUCGAUUCCGAUGUGGGAUUGGGAAUCAAAUCAUUCUUGCCUUAAAAGAUACAGUAUUUAACGUGGACCACCACCUGGGCAGACCACUUUGCUACCUUUUUUCCCACGGCUUUAGGCUUUUUACCUUUGGGUGCAUUGCCAGCAUUGCCAGCAUUACGUGCUAGAGUACUAGUGCAUUAUCAAGAUUUUUUUUCUUUUUCUUUUUAGUGA